AUACCGUGGAACAUAAAGUGUAAAGUUAGUUCAACUUCCGUCGAAAGAGAAGUAUUGAAAGUCAGAAACAUGAAGUACCUGUCUGCUCUUCUUUGCCUUUUUUUGUGCUACCAACUGUCCACACAAAUUCCACAUCACCAUUUUGGUAAACAUGGGCCACAUAAGGAAAUGAUAGAAUGUUUGGAACGUUCAGAACUAACAAUGGAGGAAUUGGAGGAGUAUAGGCGUUCAGAUGAGAUACAGGCUCAAUUAUUAAAUGGUGAAGGGGACUUCAAGAAGUAUGGAUGUUUCCUGGCAUGUAUAUUCCAACAACAUGGUCUGAUGGAAGGAUCCUCUCUAAAUGUAACCCUGAAAGAACACCAUAAGCAUUUCAACCACUCUGGUGAAUCCAGUGAAAGAAUGGCGCAGUUUUUGAAAAGUCGGGACGAUUGCAUAGCCACUGCGGAGGAUGCGGGCGACGAGUGCGAUGUCGCUUUAGCUUUCGAGGUAUGCAUGUACAAAAACCUUGACAACGGUAACCAUUCGUGAACGAACGUGUACUACGCAAACGAUAAUUAUAGCUCAUGCAUUAUAAACAUUCUAAUAAAUAAUUUGUAGACUUAAAAAACGCAA